UAUAUACAUCUCUCUCUCUCUUUCUCUCUCUCUCUCUCUCUCUCUCUCUCUCUCUCUCUCUCCAUAAACAAACAGUGGAAUUUCUUCUAAGCUCAACUGCAAUUAAAACACCUGAUUUUCAAUGGCUAGACCUAAUCAAGAAUCAAUCGAUACUUUCAUGAGCAUCACCGGUCUAUCUGAAGCGGUCGCCCUGCAAAAGCUUGAGGAGCAUGGUGGUGAUCUCAAUGAAGCCGUGAAUGCGCAUUUCAAUGAAGGAGAUAGAAAUGUUGCACGUGAAGCACCUGUUACUGCUUCUCAAGAUGAUUUAAUGGAUAUAGAUGAUCCUGUCCAAACUGCAGAAAGAGGACCUCCUCUUUCAUUUCUAUCUGCAGCUAGAACUAUGAAUCAAUUCUCACUUCUGGAUCCAUCCUUAGGUAGAAGCUUGUUUGAUGGUGGUUCUGAUCUUUCAACUCGUGCUCCGGUUAUUACACAUCCUAGAGAGGUGAGGGAGAUUCCCAUAGAGUUUAAGGAUAGCACUGGGGCAUCUGAUAUUUCUGGUCAUGCCCCUACUAUUGAGGAUGUGACUGAAGCUGAACAUGUGCAUGGCCCUAGUAUCCGUGGGACUGUCAUAAUUGAUGAUGAAGGGGAUGAGGAUGUCCCAGCUAACCAGAUCGCACAGGAUAGUUGGCGGACUGAACAAAGACCAACUGUUUUGCACAAUAGACCUCCGAAUUCAAGCCUUGUACCCAGUGCUCCCUCAUUUGAUACUUUGCCCGAUUAUAACAAUGAAAUAGAAGAACAGAUGGUCCGAGCUGCCAUUGAGGCUUCAAAAUGGGAUGUUGAGGGCUUGAGAGACCCUGCACCUAGGCAGAGACAUUCUCAGUUAGAGGAUGCUGAACUUUUACAUGCCGUUUCGUUGUCCUUGAAGACUGCAGAGCAGGAAAAAGCGUUGCGUGAGCAUGAGCAGAAAUUUGGAGCAUCAGAAGUAGGACCUUCUGAGCCAGCAAAAGUGGAGCUAGGGAAGAUAGAAGCAUCGAAUGGAAGGCUGGAGGCAAUAAACUCAUCUUUCCAGGAUGAAACUGAAGAUGUAGAGGAGCUACCUCUUAUCAGGCACAGGGGCAGACGUACGUCUGCUGGGUCUGCUGAACCUAGAGAUGAUGAGGAAAUUGGAGUUGUUGAUGCUGGCCCACCAGCGAGUCCUGGAAGGCAUAACAUCACCAGCCAUCCGCAAAACAAUGGCAAUGCAUUUGCUUCUGAAGAGUGGGGAGGUAUCUCGUCAGAGGAACAUGAUGAAGCAGUCAUGCUUGAGGCUGCAAUGUUUGGUGGAAUUCCAGAAAGUGGAUAUUCUUUUGCAUACACCCCUCAUCAAUUCCUGCGAGCUGAAGGUCCUUAUCCUCGGCAAAUUCCUCGUCCCCCUUCGCCAUCAUUGGCGGCUCAGCGGUUGAUACGAGAACAGCAGGAUGAUGAGUAUCUUGCAUCACUGCAAGCUGACAGAGAAAAAGAGAUGAAAGUUAUGGAGGAAGCUGAAGCUCGUCGUUUGGAAGAGCAAGCAGCUAGAGAGGCUGCUCUUGAAGAAGAAAGACAAAAAAGGGAAGAAUCUCAAAGGAAAAUGGAGGAGGAGCAGGAACUUGAGAGGCAAUUAGCAGCAAAAGAAUCUUCCUUGCCUCGGGAACCAGCAUCAGAUGAGGAAAAUGCUGUAACCCUUCUGGUGCGGAUGCCGGAUGGUAGCCGUCGUGGUCGCCGAUUUCUAAAGUCUGAUAAACUACAGUCACUUUUUGACUUCAUAGACAUUGGUAGAGGAGUGAAGCCUGGCACAUACAGAGUGGUGAGGCCAUACCCUAGGCAGGCUUUCAGUGAUGGGGAAAGUGCUUUGACACUGAGCGAGCUUGGAUUGACAAGCAAACAAGAAGCCUUAUUCCUGGAGUUGAUCUAGCCAAUCAAACUCUUACCAGUUUUAGAAGGAUACUCAUAUGGAAACUUCAUUAGAUUAUUAAUCACAUAUAUAAUAUAAAUUUCAUAUUUAUGUCGUGAAAUUUUUGGUUUGGGGCUUGUCUUAUUGGGUGUGAUUCUUAAAAUUUGAGGAGAUGAAUGCGAUUAGUAUGUUUUUAGGGGCAGAACAUCAAUAUUAAGUGUUUGUUAAUUUAGUAUGUGUUUUAUACACAUAUUUAUGAAGUGAGUGUACUUUUAAAGGA